AUGAAUAAAGGUUUCAAUACCUUUGUCGUGGAGAGUGGGGGAUAUGAAAAUGUACCAUUUACGGAAAAGGAUUGUCGCAACUACAUUGACAAAGUGAAACGGUUGAAGUUUGGAGAAGGUGAUGCUGAAGCAAUUCAAAGUUAUUUCACGAAGGUGCAAUCAUCUGAUCGUGAUUUUUUUUACAUGUGGGAUUUAGAUGAUGAAAAUCGACUAAAGAGUUUGUUUUGGGCUGAUGCGAGGUGUAGAGCAGCUUAUGAGGAAUUUGGUGAUGUAAUCACAUUCGAUACUACAUAUCUUACAAAUGAGUAUGAGAUGCCAAUGGCUCCAUUUGUAGGAGUAAAUCAUCAUGGACAAUCAAUAUUGCUUGGUUGCGGAUUGAUUUCAAAUGAAGAUAAUGAGACAUUCACAUGGCUAUUCCGGUCAUGGCUUGCAUGUAUGUCUGGACGUCCUCCUCAAGCCAUUAUCACAUAUCAAGACCAAGCUAUGAAGAACGCAAUACAAAAUGUAUUUCCUGAUGCACGUCAUAGGUGGUGUUUAUGGCAUAUCAUGAGAAAACUACUUGAAAAGUUAGGCAUCCAUAAGAAAUACAAAUUUAUUAAGUACAAGCUUAAAAAGGUUGUGUAUGAUUCUUUUGUUCCUAGUGAAUUUGAAGAUGCAUGGAAUAUAAUGCUAGAGAGCGAGAGUAUUAAUGCAUUUUUUGACAAAUAUGUAAACAAAAAAACUACCUUGAAGCAAUUUGUCGAACAGUACGAAAAUGCAUUAAGGGAUAGGGCCGAGAAAGAAAACAAAGAAGAUUUUAAUUCUUACAAUACACACUAUCCACCAAUUACCCGCUAUGCCAUGGAAGAACAAAUGAGGGAAAUUUUCACCCAUGCUAAGUUUAAAGAAUUUACAGAAGAAUUAACAGGAAAAAUGUAUUGUGGGAUAGGUUCUUUAAAAACGCAAGAUGGGAUUUCAGAAUAUGAAGUAAUUGAGGAUGUAAUGGUCAAUGGAAAUUUAAUAAAGAAACCAUUUGUUGUUUCUUUCAAAAAGGGUGAUUCAGGGGAAGAAUCUGAUGUGAGAUGUAUUUGUCGCUUGUUUGAGUACCGUGGAAUGUUGUGUAGGCAUGCACUUACCGUACUUAUCAAUGAGAAUAUAAAUUUAGUGCCAGAUAAAUACAUAUUGCGAAGAUGGAGAAAAGAUGUCAAGCGGAGACAUACUAAGGUUAAAGUAACUUAUAAUGAUUGGGUUGACUCAGAUGAGGGGCGUCGUUAUAGUAGAAUGUGUAGUGCUUUCUCAAUGGUGGCAGACUUGGCAUCUAAAUUAGAAGAAAAAUGCAAUCUUGUACUUAACCGAGUGAGUGAAAUAAUGAGUGAAGUUUCAAGUAAAAAAACUGUUCAUGAUAACUUCAUAUGUACCCCGGGGCAGAGUACUUCUCCAAAGAAUAGCACAAAGAUUCUCGAUCCGUUGGUAGUGCGAAGAAAAGGCCGUCCUAUGACUAAGAGACUCAAGUCCCACGUUGAACAAAUUAUUACAAAAAAGCCGAAAAAGAAGAAGAAAUUGACUGAAGUUGGAGAUGAAGAAGUUGGUUGUGAAGUUGAUAAUGAUUUACCAAAGAAAAAACGUACAAUGAAGGAAAAAGCGAAAAAUCAAAAUGAGAACGUUUACCCUAGUACGGGUGAUGCAAGUCAGAGCGUUUAUGCUAAUUCCCAGCCUCACUAUAGUGGAUUUCUUCCAAGCUAUCCUAUGCAACAUCAUCAGUUUCAUGUGCAAUCUAGAGACAUGUUCCACCAAGUUUCUCCACAACAAUAUGUAGGAUUUCAAGUGCAGAAAUCAUCACAAGGGGGCGUUCCUGAUGCAUCAUUGAAUCCUCCGAAUACACAGCCCUCCAAAUUCAACAAUUAGCUUUUUAUAGCCAAUUUGUCUAUUUGUGUUGUCCAGUACAUUUUCAUCUGCGUUUUUCAUUAUUUGGUGCAUUUGUGUGGAUUGUUUUAGAAAUGGAGUAUUAUCUCAGUAAAAGAUAGGGACAUAUUUUGCGAGGCAUUUGUUUUGUUGGAACU